ACGCAUACCUCUCCUGGCAUUGGACACCUCAGGGAUACCGAAACGAUGACGUUCAGCUUGAACCCCAUCACUCUGUCCAAUCAGAUCCGCCAGAUGGGCGAUCCCCGAACACGUGACUACCCCGUGGUAACAGACCCUCUCUUCAUGUUCACGCUUCUGGCCACUUACCUGUAUUUCGUGAAGGUGGCCGGUCCGCGCUGGAUGAAGAAUAGGGAACCUUUCCAGAUCAUCAACAUCGUGCGCGUCUACAACCUGUUCUCGAUAGCUGUGGCCAUCCGCUUCCUCUACCUUGUGCUAAAGUUCACCUACCUCCCGGGCGGCCACUACAACCUCUGGUGCCAGGGCAUUACGGGUUACAUGACCGACGAGAUGCGAGAGUACUAUCGCACGGGAUGGAUCUACAUCGCGAUACGCUACUGCGACCUCCUGGACACAGUGUUCUUUGUGCUGCGCAAGAAGUUCACGCACGUCUCGCUCCUGCACGUGCUGCACCACACGAUCGUGGCGGCGAACACGUGGUUUUUCGCUCUGUUCGCGCCCGAAGGUCAGCCGACCCUGGGCAUGUGCCUGAACGUGUUCGUGCACAUCAUCAUGUACUCGUACUACUUCCUGACUACCUUCGGCCCUUCCGUGCGCAAGUACCUUUGGUGGAAGAAGUACCUGACCACGCUGCAGAUUGUGCAGUUCGUCCUCAUCAUGAUACACAUAUCGAUACCGCUCUUCGUCGACUGCGGUUUCCCGAGACACCUGAUCAUGAUGGGUAACGUGCAGACGUUUCUCAUACUCUGCCUCUUCGUAAAUUUCUACGUCAAGACGUACGUCGUCAAGCCAGCUCACUUGGUUUCACAGGUCGGCGAUUGCACGGAGAAAGAGGUCGUCUUUGUACCUAACGGAAAAAAUAAAUGCACGUAG